CCAACGCCUCUCAAUUCGCUUGGAUUUUCAGGCGAAGAACAACAUAUUUUCAUCCAGUGGCUUUGAGGGUAAAGUAAAGAUGAAGUUAUUUUUAUUGCUUCUCUGCUUUCGUGGGUUAUUUGCAGCAAAACAUUCGUUGAAGUAUUUACUCACUGAAACCACUGGAGCCCAGAGCAUCCCUGAGUUUGUGGGUGUUGGAUUUAUUGAUGACGUUCAGUUUGGUAGCUGGAAUAGCAGAAGAGGAGAGGACAUCAAGAAAGACUGGAUUAAAUUCUUUGAGGAUGAGCCUGAGCUCCUGCAGGAGUAUAUUUCAGAAUGUUCAUUUAGACAUCACAACUUCAAGGAAACUAUUAAGACUUUGAAGCAACAUUUAAAUCAAACUGAAGGUGUUCAUGUUUUGCAAAGGGUCAGUGGCUGUGAAUGGGAUAAUGAGACUGGAGAGGUUAGCGGAUACAAUCAGUAUGGUUAUGAUGGAGAAGACUUUAUAGCAUUUGACCUGCAGACACUGACGUGGAUAACUUCAAAACCACAGGCUGAGACCACUAAACUGAAAUGGAAUACAGACCAUGCCCGAUUAGAGCAUAAUAAGAACUUUGUGAUUUAUUCAUGCCCUGAGUUUUUAAAGAAGCAUUGGCACUAUGGAAGGAGCUUUCUUGAGAAAGAAAUUCUUCCCUCAGUGUCUCUCCUCCAGAAGACUCCCUCCUCUCCAGUCAGCUGCCACGCUACAGGUUUCUAUCCUCAAAGAGCCGUGAUGUUCUGGAGGAAAGAUGGAGAGGAGCUUCAUGAAAGCGUGGAUCAUGGAGAGAUCCUCCCCAACACUGAUGGGACCUUCCAGCUGAGUGUUGACCUGAAUGUUUCAUCAGUCAGAUCAGAAGACUGGAAGAGGUACGACUGUGUGUUUCAGAUCUCUGGAGUGAAGAUGGGGCGAGAUGACAGCAUUGUCACCAAACUGGAUGAAGCAGUGAUCUGGACAAACUGGAAGAAGCCCACCGACAUCAUGACCUUUAUCGGUGCAGCACUGGUUGUUCUAGUUUUCACCAUCAUUGCAGCUGUGACAUUUGUGAUUUAUAAGAGGAAUAAAGGUGAGAAAUCGUAUUUGAGGAAAUACUGUGUUUAGUUUUUACAUCAAUGU